AUGCACGAAAAUGAAUGUUACAACAUUGCGGAAACAUGCAGUGCUAAGGCAUUAUUAGCAUCACGAGAGGCAUAUGUGGAUACAGCAGUGGGGUAUGUAGAAGUCAAGAGGGAAGGAGACAUGUGUACUGUGCAGUGCCGGGUCACACCUGAACACAAAGUGAAGGCGAAGUUGUAUCAGAUCACAGCUGUUAUUAAAGAAUCUGACGAGAAGAUCGUCUCAGUAGUG